AUAAUUGUUGAAACAGAAGAUCUCUACCCGAUAAAUACAACGCUAACCCUAGCCAUUGCAAUCGCCUCUCUGCCCUCUUUCAUUCUUUCCGUGGCCAACACUUCCAAACCAGAAACUUACGGGUGUUUGUGAUAUUUACAAAUCUUUGAGGUGAAGCACGUCAUCAGUGAAGUUUCUUUUAUGUCCAUACAGGCCAUUUCCUGUUUGGGAUCGGUUGGGUUGCUUGGAGAGUAUUGCCCUUGUUCCAGAAUAAAGAUCAGACCCUUGUCUGAUAGAAUUGGCUGUAUGCAUCUCGUGUCAUUUCAGGAGUACCCAGAAAAAUUUUAUGGUUGCAGCUGGUUGCGACCUUUCCUGACUGCUGAAGAUCAGUCUUCUCUCGUUCAAGAAGCUUUAGAAGGCAACAGUGCUGCUGCACACGCUUGGACUGCCAGCAUUUACUCAUUUUGACAUCUUGAAUUUUUUUUUUAAUUGGGAUCAAGAUGGCUUUGCUGAACAUAGGAGCUGAUAAUAGAGAUGAUGCCUUCUACAGGUAUAAGAUGCCUAAAAUGAUUACCAAAAUAGAGGGACGUGGAAAUGGCAUCAAGACAAAUAUAGUCAACAUGGUUGAUAUUGCAAAGGCUUUGGCUAGGCCACCCUCCUACACCACAAAAUACUUCGGUUGUGAGCUUGGUGCUCAAUCUAAAUUUGAUGAGAAGACUGGUACUUCUCUUGUUAAUGGGUCUCAUGACACUGCUAAGCUUGCCGGACUUCUUGAGAAUUUCAUUAAGAAAUAUGUCCAGUGUUAUGGUUGUGGAAACCCAGAAACCGAGGUAAUGAUCACAAAAAAUCAGAUGAUCCAAUUGAAAUGUGCUGCUUGUGGAUUUUUGUCGGAUGUGGAUAUGCGAGACAAGCUCACCACUUUCAUCGUGAAGAACCCACCAGAAACAAAGAAGGCAUCAAAAGAUAAGAAGGCAUUACGGAGAGCUGAGAAGGAGCGACUCAAGGAAGGUGAGGCUGCUGAUGAGGAACUGAAGAAACUUAAGAAAGAGGUGAAGAAGAAGGGUUCUUCUUCAAAGGAUGGUACAACAAAAUCCAGCUCCACAAAGAAGAAAGGAAAUAAUUCUGAUGAGGAUCGCAUAUCACCAGCACACAGUCAGGUUGAUGAGAAGGAAGAGGUUGAUGGAGAUGAUGACGAUGAUGUUCAGUGGCAAACUGAUACAUCACUUGAGGCUGCUCGUCUACGUAUUCAAGAGCAACUGAGUGCUGCGACAGCUGAUAUGGUCAUGCUUUCUACAGAUGAGUCAGAAAAGAAGGCUAAGGCAGCCCAAAAAGCAGUUGGUAGUCCAAAAAGUUCUAUACUGCGUGCUGGGCAAACCAAGGCUGAGAAUGGGAAUUUAUGCUCCAAUGAAAAUCUUGUUAAUGAGCUGAAAGCAAAAAUACAGAAAGGUCUUACUGGGAAGCAACUGCAAUCAAUUAUUGGAUCUCUCUCUGGAUCUGCUCAGGAAAAAAUGACUGCUCUGUUUGAGGCGCUUUUUGAUGGUGUUGAGAAAGGAUUCACAAAGGAGGUGGUCAAGAAGAAGAACUUCCUUGCUGCUGCUCUUGCUCAGGAAGAGGGAUCACAGUUGCAUCUGCUCCGAGCAAUUGAGGCAUUCUGUGGCAAGUCAAGAUCGUUGUUGAAGGAAGUGGCAUUGGUUUUGAAGGCUCUCUAUGAUGCUGAUCUAUUAGAGGAAGAGCACAUGGUGCAGUGGUAUCAAGAGGGGCUUCAAGGAGGCAAUAAGGACUCUCAGAUUUGGAAGAAUGCUAAGCCCUUUAUCGAGUGGCUGCAGAGUGCUGAGUCUGAAUCUGAGGAGGAAUGAGCAUAUCUCUACUAAUAAUGUUAUGUAAGCUUUUUUCUAGCAGUUGUCUAUGUUACUGGUCUAUUAAGACAAGUAAUGAGUCGUUUUUGUUGUUUAAUUUUCCUUAAGAUUCUAUGAACUGAAUAAUUUUAUGGAGUGUUACUAUUAUA